AUGUCUCCCGCCCCCGAGACCGAUAUUAGCUUCUUUGUGUUGCCCAAAGACAGGUGGCCCAAGGAGCACAAAAGUGUUCAAUACCGAGAUCACUCGUGGAGCCUUGUGUAUAACAAGCACAAAACAUUUAUAUGCGAAUUCCCAGAGGGUCUUGCUGAAGGAAGCUUAGGUCUCUGCAAGGAGCUGCUUGAGAGGGAACAGCUGCCCCCGAGAGUCUCUCUCUUUGAUGACGAAGUUAUUCACGACACUAGUAUAAGGGUUCAGCGCAGAAACGAGACGAUGAUAUUUCGCGACAUUACUCCCUUGAUUGCGCCAUCGGCCGAACUCAUGGCCUUGCGCGGUGAUGAGCAGCUGGACAUUUUGUGCGAGUCUACAAACGAAAUAUGGACAUAUUCUCAGCAAUUGCUUCAGUAUCAGCCACAGCCCUCUUAUUCUGUUGGUUUCAAAGCUCUGGCGUUUACCGAGCUGCAGUUCACCAAGGUCACGGAGUUCUUUGAAGACAGAUGCACUUCCGAAACGUCACCUAUUAUGGGUACAUCUCAUAUGUUCUUUCCGUGCUUUUCGUGCGAAAUUGGGUGCUUCGAGGUCACCCGACGACAGAACGUGCACAACAUGACAAUCGGUAUGCGUGCUGUUGUUGACCUGUUCCGCGGAGUCAAGCGCGAAGCCGAGGUACACCGCCAAAUUCUGGCCUUUUCCAUUUCACACGACCACCGCCAGGCGGAAAUUGUUGCCCAUUAUCCGGUCAUACUAGGAGAGACUACAGAAUACUAUCAACAGCUUAUCGCCUCCUUUAUAUUUACCGAUUCUAGGUAUGAUAAAUGGACGGCGUACCGCUUCACCAAAAACAUGUAUGAAGUGUGGAUGCCGGCGCAGUUUCAAUGGAUCUGCUCUGCCAUCAAUCAACUACCAGAAGGGUGGUCCUGCGGAAAGGACAUUGGCCAGCGCGAAUUCGUUUGA